CUUCAAGAUGGCGGACAUGUCAUGAASUGAUCAGAGAGGUUUUCAAGACGUUACACUUAAAUAAUUCAGUGUUUGUCGAGAAAUAGCUCAUUGGAAAUGGCUUUCAUUGGAAGCCCRAAUGAAGCAGCGAUUAAAUCACUGUUUAACCAGAUUAUCAGGUCUGGAAUGCCAUUACCAAUAGAUAAUCCAAACUUGGACAUCAUGAGAUUACAGGAGAAGCUCAUGAGAUCCAAUCGAGAUAUUGAAGAACUUGAAAACAGAAUGAGAGAAGAGAAUAGACAUUCAAGAGAACGAGAGAACCAAAGAGACAGGAGUUAUCGUGAUGACGUUGACAAAGUCGAUGCAAGGGGUCAACACAGGUCUAAAUUCUUUGGAGGUGCAUUAGACAGAGGUGAURCUAGGAGCUUGAUGCAGUCUGAGAUGUCAUUGGAGAGUGAUAGUAGAUGGGGGAGUGGGGAUAGCUUCAGAGAUUUAGAUGACAGAAGAAUGUCUUUAGAGGAAAGAAAGAGACCCAGAGAUCGUCCUUCAAGAUUUGAAAGCAUAGACAAUCACAGGAGAUCUGAUCGGGAWAUGGCGGCCAGUUUUAAUCCCCUUUUGCAGUUUCCAAGUWCAUAUAGUAUGGGGCAAGAUCUUUUUCAAAGCAGUUCUAGUUCAGAUAUGUGGUCAUCAAUGAGUGAUGCUGCCAGGCAAAGCUAUAUGUAUGGAAUGGAAAGUGSAWCAUUGAGACCACCAUACACUCUAGAGCCACCACCUGCAAGUCAAACCAAACCAAUCCUCUCAGACAAACCUCUAGGUUGCCAYACUGUAUUUAUUGGAGGACUUCGAGAUCAAAUCACAGAAGAACUCUUGAGGGAAAUUUUCUAUACRACAUGUGGAGCUGUUGACACUGUCAGGAUAUCAGUAGGGAAAGGUGGUACCAAGUUUGCACAUGUGAGAUUUGUKGAGGCAGAGUCUGUUGAUAUAGCUGUAACCUACAGUGGAUAUAAACUUUACUUAGGAACAGGAAAUGAAAGUUUUGGAGGACGGAUACAUAUUGACUAUGCAAAGUCCAGAGAAGAUGAGAAGGAGUAUGAAAUCAUGCUAAGAGCAAAGGAAAGGGAAGCAAGGCAUAUGAAGAAUGACAUGGAGAAACCUUUGAUAAUGUAUUCAGAAAGUGCUGCAUCRGAACUUAUGCAAAGCAUUCGUUCAACCUCAGGUUUCCAUGARUCUUUUCAAACGCUGGCACAAUGGCUUGAGAGAGGUGAAUGUACAAGAAGAACCUCAUCAACUUUCUACAACUUGUURAGUGCUGUCCAUAACCACAUCAAGAGACUUGUCAAAGAGAAAAAAGAGCAUGAAGAAAUCGUGGAAAGGCAGAAGGUUGAGCAAGAAGAAAGAGCAAAACUUAUGAUGGCUCAAGGCACUGCUAUCAUGAAAAUMUUCCAAGCAGCAUCAAAGAAGAGAUGUUGGGAUCAUUUCAGCAAGGCUCAGAGAAGAAACAUUGAUGAUUGGCAUCAGCAAGUGGAAAAGGAAAUAAAAAUAAGUGAAGAAGAACAAUUGGAGAAACGUGAGGAGGUAGGUAUGGAUCUUGAUGAUGAUCAAGAACACAGCGAAAUCAAAUCAGAACCCACYAGCAGUCUAGUAGACAAUGAGGAAACAGGUGAACCAAUGGCAAAGCAGGCUAAAACAGAAUCAGAAGAAGCCACACAGGCUGCUUUAGAAGCACAGGACAUCAAGUUUCGAGCGCAAAAUGCAAGCUUGAGAGCUCUUGCUGAAAAAAAUGCAUCACUSAUGGGGGAAGUGGAGGGUUACAAGAAGGAAAUUGUAGACCUUAAGCAGAAAUUUGCCAGUGUAUUUCAAGACAAGGAUUUGCAGAUUGCAAGGUUAAUGACUGCUGUACAAGGAUUGCAAAACUUCCUUCAAAAUGUUACUUUGAAUACACCAGAGAUAAAUCCCACUGAUAUCGAAGUAGAGGUUGAUAAAGAAAGUAAAGACGUUAGUAAUAACACGGGACAGACUACUGUUGAGCAAAGUUCUCAAAUUCAACAAACCUCAAUAGAACAACUUUCAAGUGAUCAGAAUGAAGAACCAACAGAGAAUGAAAAACCACCGGAAAAAGUWGAGCAAAAGAAAGCAAAGAACGAAGGUAAAAGAGGACCUCGAACGCGAAGACGAGGAAGGAAGAAGGAGAAACAAAUAACAGAGGAGGAGGUUGUAGAGGAAGUGGAUAACAAGGCAGAAACUGUCACAGAUGCUACAGAAUGCUCAGUCUCCUUAACGAUUGACUUGGCGAAUCCUGCUGACGGGGACGUAGACAAYUUGACCAAGGAUGUUAGUCACUCUCAAAGCGCAUAUAAUCCUGGUGUUGUACGCUUGACAAGCCAAGACAUGACAGUCGUUGGGCUUCUUUGUUCCUAUCUUCAAGUUUGUCCCUAUGGGGCCACCACUGAGCAGGUGCUUAACCACAUACAGCGCCAUGUACCUGGAGUCACCACAGAAGGACUGGCGCUUAUUCUUGACGGUCUUCCAAUGAUAUUUGUAGGAGAUGGUUUGGAAUUUUAUAGUAAAACCUGGAAAUUUAAACAAGUACUGACAUAAAUGAAUAUAUUGAAAACAAACCAUGAAAAAAACGUUUAACAAACUAGUCUAGCAUUUGAAUGUUCAGUUUUACUAAUUUUUGACGCAAAGUCUUUUGACAAUAUUUAACAUGUUAAUCUUUUUUUUUUCUUAUUUUUUGGCUGAAUUUUUUUUUGGAAAUAAAGUAUAUACCUGUCAU